AGAUUACCUUUCAUCACUGUUCACUAUAUACUACGCAUGCUGAACACAGAAAGCAUCUCUAUUUAGAACACAGUGAUUUUCAAGUUGAACACUAAGAUAACAUUCGAUCACUAACCCUAAAAUGAGCAACCCGCAGCUGACAACCAUUAUCGAAGAGACAUCGAGUGCGGGUACGACAACAACCCAGGACCCUAGCUCUACGCCGCCUGGCUCUGUGCAACAGGUGAUUGUUCCUGGCGACACGGACGAUUGGCAUUGCUCUGAUUUCUUACACUGUCUUGGAGAGGGAGAUCCAGAAGGGAUCAUUCAGUGCGAUGCCGCUACUGAGCAAGUCUGCCCAGGGUUGGGGGCCGCGAAUUUAAAUACGCCAAAUUCUUACGUCAAUAACGGUGUUCACGCCGGUGAAAAUCGAACUCGAACUUGCGGUAAUUGCAGGUUGCAUGAAGGGCAUCCCGCUUUUCCAGACAAGCGUGCACUCAUUAAUAGCUAUUCCAAUGUUGAUCUUGGAAGUGGCAUGCGCAGCCAGCUUUGUCGCAGUUGCAUCUAUGACGAAGUAGAACUAUACUGGUUACGUCAAGGCACCCUUAACCCCAUGAAUGCUAGAUCGAGUCCGCAUAUACGACAAUGGCCUGCACCGAACGGCUAUCAAAAUCUUUGCAUGUGCGAAGGAUGGACAGUUGAUACUCCUGCAAUCGACUGUUGCCAUGCCUGUCGCGACAUACUCUUCUUUGAAUUUUGUUUCAACCCCUUCCAUAUGACCGAAGACGUCCUCCACAGUUGCGUCCAGCCCGUCAUAAAAGGAACCCGGCUUUAUGUCAACCGGGACCAUGGACGCUCCAUGCGCGUCUCCGCCGCCACCGUCCUCAAACGCCGCCAACAGGGUAUCGGCCGCAUGUGUCCUUGUGGUAAUAAACCAAAAAAGCCAAGUGUACAGGAGUACAUCACCUAUUGUAUGGCUUGCUCGGGAGUUCGAAUUGUUCCUAAUUUUUUGCCACGGGACUUGCGACAAGGACCUGUUAUGGCUAGGUAUGAGAGGCGUCAGAGUCUGAGAAAUAGCGGGUUUAAAAGGACAAAGGGGCCUGCGGCGGCACGAAGACACCCUACGUAUAGGGUUAAUAUCGAGCGUGCGUGGAUGACACCUGAUCCAGAGAUUGGGGGGACAUGAGUGUAGCAAUCUGAGUUAUCGACAUGAUCAAUUGGGUUAUGUUAUGCGAGGUUUGUCCGAUUAAGACGAGGGGAACUGGAUGAUCUUUCUUCUGGGCAGUUGCUGUUGUUUGGAGGAUUUAGAGUUAGUUGUGUACG